AAUCGAAUUCAAGAAUUGGAUUUAUUCCUAGUAAUUAUUUUUCUUAAUAUAUAGAAGUUAGUGUAUAUAAACUAUUACAUAAUAAAUUAAAUGAUUCCUGUGAUACACUAAUAAUAGUAGUAGUAAAGUUAACAUAGAAAUAGCUCUCAGUGUGAGACUGUAUAUAAAUUAUAGUUCUUUCUACUGUUGACUUAGACUCUUACUCAUAUUAAACAGUAGAGAUUAGUGUAUAUACCAAAGGGUACUACUACGCACUUAACUAGUACGCACUUCUCACUUUGCAUUUUUGCACUACACGCUUAACUACACACUUAACUACUACGCACUUUGCACUUUGCACUACGCCUACGCGUCUCUACUUUUGUUUUGCUUAAAAACUAAAAACUAUGGAGAAGACUCGAAUCAAUUAACUAAUCUAUAUAUAAUAUAUACCCUAUAAUUAAUAGUAUGGCUCGUACAACUAAUCGACUGAAACGGUCAAGUCUUGACUUUAAACAAUCCAUAAUUUCUAGUGCCAAAGAUCCCAUUUCUACUAAGGAAUUAUUAAUUAGGUUGCAAAAUCUUAGUGAUGAAUUAUCAUCAAUUGAUCAAGAUAAAGUUGAAAUAUCAAGUUUUCAAACUAUUCUGGAAGAUCUUACAAAUAAAAAAUUAUUACAUCAUACUAAUAUAGGAGUUCAAGCAUUUACUUGUUGUGCAUUAAGUGAUAUUUUAAGAAUUAAUGCUCCCAAUGCUCCCUUUACUGCUUCACAAUUAACUGAUGUAUUUAAAUCAUUUAUUAAACAAUUUAAAAAAUUAUCUGAUCAAGAAAAUCCUUAUUUUCAACAACAAUGUUAUAUAUUAAAGAGAUUAGCCGAAGUUAGAUCAAUAAUAUUAAUUACUGAUUUACCGGAUUCAGAAAAUUUAAUUGAAUUAAUUUUUGAAACUUUUUAUACAUUAUCAAAUAAAGAUUUCCCAACAAAAUUAGAACCUUUAGUAGCUGAUAUUUUAUCAGAAAUUAUUGCAGAAUCUGAAAUUAUUCCUACUAAUGUUUUAACUAUGAUUUUAAAUAAAUUCUUAACUGAUUCAGAUUCAAAUUCAGAUUUACAUUCACAUUCAAAUUCAAAUUCAAAUUCAAAUGGAAUUAAAUCAAUUACAACUAAUUGUGGAUUAAAUUUUUCAAUCCAAAUUUCAGAAAACAAUGUCGAUAGAUUAUCUCGACAAAUAGCUCAAUAUUUUUCAGAAAUUUUAUAUGAUAAUACUAAUCAACACCAAACAAUAAAUGAUAUAAGUAAUUUAGUUAAUAAUUCUGUUGAAAAAUUAUCUAAAAUUCAUAAACUUUGUGUACAAAUUUGGAAACAUGUACCAUUACUUUUAAAUUCAGUUAUGGGAUUAAUUGAUGAAGAAUUAAAUACUGAUAAUGAAAAAAUAAGAUCACUUGCCACUGAAACUGUUGGACAAAUGUUAGGUUCAUCAACUAUAAUUAAUUUUUAUAUUACUUAUAAAGAUACUUGGACAAAUUGGUUAAAAAGAACUACUGAUAUAUCACCAAUAGUAAGAAAAAAUUGGGUUAAUCAAUUACCUAUAAUUCUUAAUUCAAAUGGGAAUUUUACUACUGAAGUGAAUUUAGCAUUAAUUGGUUGUCUUAGAAAAUGUUUAUUAGAUACUGAUGAAACUGUUCGUGAAUCAGCUUGUUCAUGUAUUGAUAAAAUAACUUUUGAAAAUUUAACUAAUAGAGUUUGUAAUAAAAAUAUAUUACAAACAUUAUUUCAUUUAACAAGAGAAAAACAUCAUAGAAUAAGAAAUCUUGCAAUAAGAAUUCUUUCUUCAUUAUAUGAUAAUUAUAUUAAUUAUACGAAUUCUGGUAAAUUCAUUAAUUUUGGUAAUCAUCAAGAAGAUGAAAGUAAUGAAUUAAAUUUAUUAAUUUCUCAAGGUAUACCUAAUCAAAUUUUAUCUCUUGUUUAUAUUAAUGAUGUAAAUAUAACUGCAUCAGUUGAUUUAAUAUUAUUUGAAAAAUUAAUUCCAAUAUCAGAAACAAAUACAAUUAAAUUAGUUGAUAGAAUGAUUCUGCUUUAUAAUAAUUUAGAUGAUAAAGGUAAACAAUCAUUUAUUGCAAUUAAUAGAAGACAACAACAAAUAUCUAAAGUUAUUGAAACUUUUAUUGAAACCAGUUAUAAAUAUAAUCAAAUUCCUAAUUCUUUAGAAAAUAAAGAAAAUAAAGAAAAUGUUGAACAAGAUAAAGUUGAUGAUAAAAAAUCCCUUAUUGCAAAAUUAGAUAAAAUUAUUAAAUGGAUUUGUGUUUCAUUUCCAGAAGGAAUGAAUACUUAUUCAUGUCUUGAAAGAUUUUAUAAAUUAAAUAAAGGUAGAUUCUUUCAUUUAUUAAAAGUUUGUAUAUCACCAAAUUCAGAUAUAACAACUGUUAGAAAUUCUAUAAAGGAAUUAUUAACUAAAUUAAAUGAUUCUAAAAAUAUUAGAUUAGAUGGAGAUAAAAUUAUUUCUACUAAUGAUAUGAUAUCUAAUUUAAAAUUACUUUUAAUGAGAAGUUCAAUGUUAUUAUAUAAUAAAUCUAAUACGGUUGAAUUAAUUAAUUAUUCAAAAGAUAUUCAUCAUCCACUUUGUAAUUCAGCCAAUAAAUUACUUGAAGAAAUUUCUUCAACUGUACCAGAAGUAUUUAAAAAUCAUUUUAAUUCAUUAAUUCAACUUAUAACUAAUUCAAAUAUUGAAGGUAAUAAUAAAGCUCAUACUUUAAGAACAAUAUAUCAUUUUAUUAAAAAAUAUCCUGAUAUAUUUCCUCAUAAUAAAUCUUUUACAGAUUCAUUAAAUAAUCUUGUAUUUAAUGGAUCUCCAUUAGAAUCUAAAUAUUGUAUGAAAAUUCUUUCAUUUAGUAAUGAUAAAGAUAGUUUCUUUAAUGAUAUAUUUUUAAAAAUAUAUCCUCUUGAUUUAAAUCAUAAAAAUUUUGCAACCAAUUUAUCAACUAUUGCAGAAUUAUUUCUAUUAGAUCCUUUAUUAGUUCAAGAUAAAGCAGGAGAAAUUACUACUUUAUUAAUUCAAGAAUUAUUCUUAAAGAAUAGAUCAAUUAAUAAUGAUGCGAUUAUUCAAGCUGGUGAUUGGAUAUCUAAUGAAAAAUUAGAUGAAUUAAAUAAAGAUCAUUCAACUUUAAUUGAAAAAUUACUUGCAUUAAGAUUAUUUAUAAAUAGAUUAAGAGGUUUAGAAAAAGAUUUUAAUUCUAAUUAUAAUUCUAAUUCUAAUUCUAAUUCUAAUUCUAAUUCUAAUUCUAAUUCUGAUUCAGAUAAACAAGAUCUUAUAAUUAAUGCUCAACCAGUUCUUAAAUUAUUAAUGUCUUUUAUAGGAAAUGGAGGAGAAAUUAUUAAUAAGAAAUCUUCAAGUUAUCCAACUCCAGAACUUUAUAAACUGAAAUUAAGAUUAACUGCUGGUUUAUACCUUUUAAAAAUUGCUCAAUUCCCCAUAUUUAGUGAAAUGAUUUUAUCUAAUACUAUAAGAAGAUUAACAUUUUUAUUAACUGAUUCUAAUUUUGAAGUUAGAUCUAAAUUCUUAAGUAGUUUACAAAAGAAACUUGCUAAUGAAUUAAUAUCAGAAAAAUUCUUAGCUAUAAUAUUCUUUUCUGCUUUAGAACCAUCAAUUGAACUUAAGAAUAGUGCAACUAUGUGGAUCUUAUCAUUAUUUAAAAGACAAGAAUCAAAACAAUCUAUAAAAUUUGAAAAAUGUCUUGUAAGAAUUAUUCAUAUAUUAGCUCAUCAUGAACAAUAUCUUAGUUUAUUACAAAAUGAAUAUGAACAUGAAAAUGAAAAUGAAGAUCAAAAUGAAGAUGAAAUUCAAAUUCAAAAGCAAAAGCAAAAGCAAACAAGUGAAGAACGGGAAAUCUCAGCUUAUUCUUAUGCAUUAAAAUUCUUAACAUUUUAUGUCUCUUUAAUUGCUAAACCUGAGAAUAUUUCAUUAUUAUAUUAUUUUGCUAGUCGUGCUAAACAACAUAGAGAUGCAACUAUUGAUUAUGAUCAAUAUACUGGAGAUGAUAUACCGAAAGAGGCAUUAAAUCUUUAUCGAAUUGCUGAAUUAUCUCAAUUUAUUAUUAAAGAAUAUGCUGAUCAUAAGAAUUGGCCAACUCAAACUUGGCCUGGUAAACUUAAACUUCCAACAGAUUUAUAUUCUCCAAUGUCAAGUGUUAGUGAAGUUCAAAAAGUUAUAACUCGAGUAUUUAUACCUGAACAAAUUCAAAUUGCUUUACGAGGUCCAAUAAAGAAACGGUUAUUUGGAUUAUCAGGAAAGAGAAAGCAUGAAGGAGGAUCUAAAUCUAUUGAUUCAUCUAGAUCCAAACCUAAGAAGAAAAUAGCUAGAUUCAUUAAGAAAUCAAUUAGAAAAGAACCAAUUGAACCUUCAAGAAAGAGUUCACGUGAAAAGAAAGAUGUCAACUAUGCUGAUGGUAGUGAAUCUGAAUUUGAAGAGUAGAUUUAUUUGUAAGUUAUAUAUACAUGUUAUUAUAUUAUA